AAGACCACUCCUACAGCCCAUUGGUCAAUAGACAGUCAGUCUGUUUACCAGGGAGAUUAUCCCGCACCUGUUUCACGUAACACAAACAUCCGGAUUUACUCAUCACAUUCACUGUCACGAAUCAUGAUGCUGAAGUUUGAAUUUCGAUAUCGCGUAGCCACGUAAAAGUAGGAGUGACUCUUUACAUAUACCACCCAUUCUCCACCCUGCAUUCUUGUGGUUUUAUCCCUUGGGUUGAUCCAACUCUCGCGACAGGUAGCUCCUGAAUCGAACAUGUUUUAUCAGGUUAGGAGAUAUAGACAGGUCAGUUUGUAACGUCUGGCUCUGUACAGCCCACGUGCUCAAACCGAAGCAGACGUGAAAACUCACAAAGGUUAUGACAAAGCUUAUCUCCCUGCCCUAGAUAGAAUUCGACAAAUGUCACAAAUACAACUUUGGCGUUUUGCCUGUACUUCUUCCACUGUGGAACGUCGGGUUUGAAGGCACCAUUCUAUGUAAUUCAAGUGGAAGGAAUGGGUUUUAGAAUAAGCAGCAGCAGAACAACAAUACGAGAGAGAGAGAGGAAGAGAGACGGCAAAACCUCUUAGCAUCACUAAAACGAAAGCGGUAUGGCGUUUAGCCUAAUCAUAAUACAGCACCUGAAAAACUUCAGGUCUAAGGAGUUCAUCUACUACUCGACUCCGCUUCUGGUACUGAUGCUGCCCGUUUUCUAUUACAUCUACGUUGCAAGCAUUCAGUACCGUAGUCUGGCUUUGAAAAUAUUCAACAACACCCGGGUUGUCCUGAAAAGUGCUGUUGAGAACCCCGACGGCAGCUAUGACGUUGUAUUAAACAUUCCGGAAUCUUCCGAAAGACUUGCCGAGCUGCUGAGAAGAGGUCGUCUGAAUCCGGAGGUGGAGUGCAGGGGACAAUAUGUGGGUAAGGUACCAAAACGCACGCUGUAUCCACUGACGUCGAAUUCCCCAUACGUGAUAAACAAUCCCAGUGUAUGUACAAACGUGAGUAAUUUGAAGUUCUUAAUUAUUGUUCACAGUGCCACGGAGAAUUUUCAGAGACGUAGAAUAAUUCGAGAGACUUGGGCAAACAAGAAUGUGUUUACGAAGAUCAAUUUAAGGAUAGUGUUUUUGUUCGGUCUGACAAAAGUGAAAGCCACACAGGAGUUGAUAGAGAACGAAAGUAUCGUCUACGGCGACGUUGUUCAGGGGAAUUUCUUGGACACCUACCACAACCUGACCCACAAGGGCGUGCUGGCGUACAGGUGGACUCAGGACUUCUGUCAGCAGGCCGAGAUGAUUGUCAAAGUAGACGACGACAUGUUUCUCAAUGUCUUUAUUCUCCUGGAAAAGUUUUACCCCAAAUUCAAAUCGAAGAACCGUUCCAUUUCUUGUCAUUACCGUAAAAAAGGAACGAGUCCAAUAGUGAGAGGGGCAAGCAAGUGGCACGUGGACGAACACCUGUUUCGCGGUUACUCCCACUACCCGACCAACUACUGCAACGGCUACCUCGUGCUGAUAUCGCGUGACAUCAUCCGACCGAUGUACAGAGCGUCAUUUCUAACGCCGUUCUUCUGGGUGGAUGACGUGUAUCUGUACGGGUUGCUCCCCGACAAGGUUGGGAACGUGAAGCAUGAGGACAUUCGCUCGAACAUGACCUUAAAUUCAAAUCUAGGUCUCAAGUGCUACACCGAAAAGAAAAACUGUACAUAUUUGGCGGUGAACACAGGCAACAAACAGGACGUCGUCGAAAAGCUCUGGUAUGCCGUGUUGUCGCAGCUCAGUCCUGCCAUGAAGAAGGAGAUAAAUCCUAUACUCCUGUCCUAACAAAAACCACAAUCUGUGUAUUUGUCAAUGGAAACCGCGAUACCAGGGGCCUAAUUCACAAAGGUCUCUUAGGCUCUGCUAGACAACAAAGCAUCCUCUCUGUAAGUCUUUUAGCAUUGCUCUGCGAGAUCGCAAAGUUGCGAGAGUUUAGUGAAUUAGGCCCCUGAAAAUAAUGCAGCAGAGUGCACGCUUCAGAUCUCUCCAGGCUCAAAUUUCAUCUCAUUCUGUUAU